UCAGGCAGCAUGAUGUGGGCCAGUUUGCUGGUUGGUGUCCGGGUUUCGGGCACCGGACUGCGGGCUUCCAGGGACGGUUUGCUGCGGGUCGCUGGAGCGGGAUGUGCGGGGAGGAGACGAGCUUCAACUGCAGAGGCUGCCUUGAAGAAGACUCCGCUGUUUGACUUCCACAGGGAGCAUGGGGGGAAGAUGGUGGAGUUUGCAGGCUGGAGUAUGCCCGUCCAGUACAAAGACAGUCACAUCGCCUCACACAUGCACACCAGAGAGCACUGCUCCAUCUUCGAUGAGCACAUGCUGCAGACCAAAGUCCACGGCAAAGACAGGGUGAAGUUCAUGGAGUCUCUAGUAGUUGCAGAUAUUGCAGAACUCAAAGACAACCAGGGUACACUGUCCCUCUUCACCACUGAGAAAGGAGGGAUUAUUGAUGACCUCAUUGUGACAAAGACAGACCAGGGCUACCUCUACGUCGUCUCCAACGCUGGCUGCGCUGACAAGGACUCGGCUCAUAUGAAGGCCAGACUGGCAGAGUUCAAAGCUGCAGGUUUUGAUGUGGAUCUGGAGUUCCUCGAUGAAGCGCUGAUUGCUUUGCAAGGUCCAUCCAUGUCUCAGGUGCUCCAGGUAGGGCUGAAGGAGGACCUCAGUAAGCUGACCUUCAUGUCCUCCACAUUGGCCACAGUGUUUGGUAUUCCUGGCUGCAGGGUCACCCGCUGUGGAUACACUGGAGAGGACGGGGUGGAGAUCUCCGUCCCUCAGUCCAGAGUGGUGGAGCUGACGGAGAAGCUGCUGGCUAACAGUGAAGUGAAACUGGCUGGUCUGGGCGCCAGAGACAGUCUGCGGCUGGAGGCGGGGCUUUGUCUCUAUGGCAACGACAUUGAUGAGACCACCACACCUGUGGAGGGCACUCUAGUCUGGACCAUAGGAAAGCGUCGGCGUCAGACCAAGGAUUUCCCCGGCGCUGACAUCAUUGUACCUCAAAUCAAGGCCAAGACAGCCAGGAAGAGAGUUGGUCUGGUGUCCACGGGCCCCCCCGUCAGACAACACACACCCAUACUCAGCCCUGAUGGAAAAGUCAUAGGUGAGGUCACCAGCGGCUGCCCAUCUCCCUGCCUCAAAAAGAACAUUGCCAUGGGUUACGUGGAUUCGGCAUUUGCAAAGAACGGUACAGCCAUCCAGGUCGAGGUCAGGAAAAAAGCAGUGCCCGCUACUGUCAGCAAGAUGCCCUUUGUCCCCACCAACUACUACUCUGGAUAGGAGGGACACACACAUACAGUACACACACAGGACAUGCACACAUACACAGUACAUGCACUCACACUGGAAGCAUUCCCCCACUCUGUCCCUAUUCACCAGUGCUGCCCCCCUCUGUUUACCUCCAGUAAGACAACACUAAUGCAAGACCGAAAAUCUUCGUUGGUGAGUUCUCUGAGAGAAAAAUAAUAAAAAGCAUGAAACUGUUAUGCACUAAAAUAUGUGUGCUGGUCUAAUAUGAUCAAGCACAUUUCCUGUGAAGUGCAUUAAAUGCAUUCAAGUUUGUAUUUGCAAAGCAGCGACACAAUAUACAGUUUAAACUGAGAGGUGGUUUGAUGA